AUGGAACCGACUAUGAACCUGUUGAUUAACACCACCGAAAACACCACCGACGAAAACAAUUGCACUCUUUGCCUGCGUGUUUUGGAGUUGGAAGCGCGCAUUCUACCGAUAAUUUUCAGCCUGAUAUUUCUAGUCGGGUUGGCAGGAAACGGCGGCUUGAUAGCCGUCAUAUGGAAGCACCAGAAGAAGGACGUGUCAACGUUACUGAUUCUGAACUUGGCUGUGGGAGAUUUUUUGCUUAUCCUUGUCUCAGUGCCUUUCACGGCAACCAUAUUUGCCUUUCCAAAAUGGCCUUUCGGAGAUGUUGUAUGUAUGCUGAACGAGUUUUUGCAAACUUUAUCCUUGGGUGUGAGUGUGUUUUCGCUGACAGCUUUAAGUCUGGAACGCAGGAAUAGCGCAGUUAAUAUGUACAAACCAUUAGUUGUGAGCGGUUCCGUGACUCUAAGAGUGAAAAUACUCAUUGUUUCCAUAUGGGCGAUUUCUGCCAUAUUUGGCGUCCCCCACAUGGUGGGGUACCACGUGAUACAAGUCUGGAGAGCUGAUUUGAGCUUUUUCAUGAAUGUGUGUUGGCCGUAUCCUUUGGAUUGGCCGGCGUGGUACGGGCGAUUCCACGUCACCGCGCGACUGUUUAUCUAUCUGAUUUUCCCCAUGGUCAUCAUACUGUGGUCGUACGUGUCCAUAGCGAAAUUACUUCUCAGACAGCGCGCUGGAGAAGAGCGCAACGAAAGCCAGCCACAGACCAGCUACAUGAGGAAUCUUAGAAUGUCGAGGAAGAAAAUGGCGGCCAUUGUGCUGUUCUUGGUUGUACUGUUUGGCAUAUGUUCCAUCCCCAGGCAUAUCUACCUUUUAUGGUACCACUAUCACCGAGGGACGUACACGCCAUUUUGGCAUAUCUUCAAGAGUGUGGGGUUCGUUCUAUCUUUUAUGAAUUCCUGCCUGAAUCCAUUGACUUUAUACGGUCUUAGCAAACCGUUCAGGAGGCAGUGUAAUGCUCACUUCAGUACUUGCUGUCGUACGAUUAGAAAAUCGAUUCAAUAG